UCGAGUCUGAUGGCGUCGUACAAGGAAAAGGCCCUUAUGGGAUCGCUUUUGUUGGCAUUCUUCUUUUGGACGGUGACUUACGCAUCAAUCGCUAGCCGUUCGGAUGACUUAAUCAACAAUCAAGCGAAAGUGGAUGGUAUUGCUAAGAGCCCCGUAGGUGGACCGUUUACCUGGUUAUCGACCAUUUCGGGACUUCCGAUCGUCAGCCUGUUUGCCUUCCGGACUGAGCCAAAAAACUGUCCAGCUUGCACCUGUGGCACUAAUAGUUCGACAGCGUCGAAUGAUGAUCUGAGUGACGUAAGCGACUUACGAAUCUACGGAGGUACAAACGCCACCGAAGGGAUGUACCCUUGGAUGGUGGCAUUGUACUACGACAACAGGUUUAUUUGCGGAGGUUCGCUCAUCAACAAUUUGUACAUUCUGACGGCUGCUAGUUGCGUUUUCAAUACUGAUCGCAGCUUGUUCUCGGUGAAAUUUCUGAUGUAUGAUCGAGGAAAUCCCGAUUCGAACGUUUUUGAACGACGCGUAACAUAUAUCAUGACCAACUGGUAUUGGGACACGGGCGCAAUUUCAAUGAACGAUUUGGCCCUACUAAAACUGAACGAGACCGUUCCCUUGGGGAGCGAGUUGUCCCCAGUUUGCCUACCUCCAGAGGGUCCCACUUAUGCUGGAUAUAAUGCAACCGUUACAGGAUGGGGUGAAACGGAGAACUAUACCUACUCGAGGGUGUUGCAGCAAGCGACCGUACCUAUCUUGACAUACGACGACUGCAUGAAACAGAGCAACUACCAUUUCUACCAAAUUGAUGACAGCAAGAUAUGCGCCGGAGCCGCUGACGGUGGAAUCGAUGCCUGCCAGGGAGACAGCGGGGAUCCGCUGCAUAUCACCGAUCUGCAGACAGGCAGAUACGUGAUAGCCGGAGUGGUCCCCGUUAGGAAGGAAUGUGCCGAGCCGAAGUAUCCGGGAAUCUAUACCCGAGUGAGCAAGUUUAGACAGUGGAUCAAGUUUAAUACGCGAGAUGCUUGCUACUGUAGUUAA